GUUAUAAGCUCUCACUGCCCCCAAAAAUUAGGGUUUGUAAGCUGCGUAGCUUUCGUCAUCAAAUCAAACCGCUCCUCAAGUUUCACUCCCAAAAUGCCUAAGCAGAUUCAUGAGAUCAAGGACUUCCUUCUUACAGCCAGAAGGAAGGAUGCACGUUCUGUGAAGAUCAAGAGGAGCAAAGAUGUGGUGAAGUUCAAAGUUCGUUGCUCAAAGUACCUCUACACCCUCUGUGUCUUUGAUCCUGAGAAGGCUGACAAAUUGAAGCAAUCCCUUCCUCCAGGUUUGAGUGUGCAAGACCUGUGAGCCGGAAUUUGCCAUCUGCAGAAACAAUGUUGGAGAAAUAUUUAUUUGGCGAUUUUUUGAAAUUAGUUGAAACUUGAAAGAUUUUGCUAUGAAUCGGAACUUGAAAAACUUUGUUAUGUAUGGAUUCUAGUUAAAUUUUUCUCAUUGACUUUUGGAUAUUUUGUAUCAUCAAAAUAAAAAAUGCUAGAAAUCGGUUGAGACACCAAGUUUGAAUAUCAGAUGAUAAACGACCCAUUGAUGGUUUGGUGAACCCA